CCCAAAGAAAACUUUGACACCGUUGCAGGGAAAAUUUCCUUUAAUCACAAGGCCAGGAAAGGAAAUAAUUAUUGACUAUACAGACAUGGUGCAGUCAGUAAGAGGUUUCAGAUAUCUGCUUGUGUGUGUGGAUGCUUUCACAGGAUGGCCAGAAGCAUGGCCAGCAAAAAAGGAAGAUAGUAAAACUGUGGUUAAAUGUCUCAUUAACCAUUACAUUCCCAGACACGGGUUUCCUGAAAAGAUAAGGGCUGACAAUGGAACCCAUUUUAAGAACCAGGAGCUGCAACAGGUGGAGUCCAGUUUGGGGCUGAAACACAGGUGUUCAGUGAACUCAACCACAGGAUACACUCCAUACGAGCUGGAAACCGGAAGGAGUUUUCCGGGACCACGAGGAGCAGUUCUGACAUCUACAGGUGAUAUCCAGAAUUUGUCACACAAAGUCUAUUUUUCUCAGCUACAGAUGGUGGUGGAAACCUACAACAAGGUUCUGGGAUCUGAGAGAUCUACAGGAGAGCCAACAACACCCCAGGUCGAGUGGGUGUGGUCGAGAGUCAUGUGGUUGGAGCCAAAGUUCACAGGACCAUACCAGGUGACCGAGAGGACAUCCCACGCAGUGAGGCUGAAGGACAAAGGAAACACGUGGUUUCAUUGGAGCCAGUGCGCCGAGGCACCGGAACCAGGGAGACCCCUGGAGGAGAUCGGAGGAAACACAGCUUCAUCACAAGGGGCAGAAUAA